AUGGCCUCUGUCUCCAGAAUCCUCAGAUUGCAACGUACCACUUUCUCUCGAGCGGCAGCAUCUCGACUGGGUUCUGCCUCAUUUUCUACAUCCAGAUUGCUCCGCGGGAGCUAUCCUGUACAAUCGGUGUCCCCAUUAGCACCUAUAGGUGCAGCUGCAGAUCCUUCCAUCCCCGCGCGCCCUAAAAUUUUCGACGAGUUUACUUUAGCAGACAGGGUCGCUAUUGUAUCUGGUGGUAAUCGUGGGCUAGGCUUAGAGAUGGCCGUGGCGCUCUGCGAAGCUGGGGCUCGCGCUGUCUACUGUCUUGACCUUCCAAAAGAAUCUUGUGCAGAAUGGCAAGCUGCUCGUGACUUUGUUGCUAGGAUGGAUCAUGGAUCCCGGCUUGAGUACGUUUCCUGCGAUGUCACCGAUCAGAAACGCGUCUGGGCGGCCGUCGAAGAGAUUGGGGACAAAGAGAAACGAGUCGACGUCUGUGUCGCUGCUGCGGGUAUUCUCAUGAACCAUAUCGACUGCCUGGAGUAUCCUGAAGAUGAGUUCCGAAAAGUCAUGGACGUAAACACAAACGGCGUCCUUUUCACCGCCCAAGCUGCUGGUCGCCAAAUGAGGCGCUUCGGCAUACCGGGCAGUAUAAUCUUGGUCGCCUCCAUGAGCGGAAGUUUAACAAAUCGCGGGCAUUCUUGGGUUUCGUACAACACCAGUAAAUCCGCCUGCUUACAGAUGGCUCGGAGCAUGGCUUGCGAGCUCGGCAAGGAAGGUAUCAGGGUCAAUUCCCUUUCCCCUGGACAUAUCUUCACCGCGUUAACAAUGCAAUACCUGGACAAACAUCCUACUUUGCUGGAUAAAUGGUCGAACUUGAAUCCAAUGGGAAGGAUCGGAAGACCUGACGAGUUACGAGGCGUUAUCACUUGGCUCGCUAGCGAUGCUUCCACAUUCUGUACGGGCAGCGACAUUCUUGUCGAUGGUGGUCAUCAUGCUUGGUAA